GCCUCCUUCUCGCUCCUUCGCUCUUCCUCCACGUCGAGGGGCCGUUGAUUGUACACGAGGUCUUUCCAAGCGUUCACACAAUGGGCUUCGGCGACUUAAAGACCCCCGCCGGACUUAAAGUCCUCAACGACUUUUUGGCAGAUAAGAGCUACAUCGAGGGGUAUGUGCCAUCCCAGGCUGACAUAGCUGUGUUUGAUGCCCUCUCUGGAGCCCCCCAAGCUGACCUGUGCCAUGCCCUUCGCUGGUACAACCACAUCAAGUCUUACCAGAAGGAGAAGGCCAGCCUCCCAGGAGUGAAGAAGCCUUUGGGCCAGUAUGGACCUGCUGGUGUGGAGGACACAACCAGUGGUGCCCCUCCUGCUAAAGAUGAGGAAGAGGAUGAUGACAUUGAUCUGUUCGGCUCUGAUGAGGAGGAGGAUGAAGAGACGAAGAGGAUCAAGGAGGAGAGACUAGCAGCAUACAACGCAAAGAAGUCUAAAAAGCCCGCCCUUAUCGCCAAAUCCUCCAUUCUUUUGGACGUCAAGCCCUGGGACGAUGAAACGGACAUGGCCAAGCUUGAGGAGUGCGUGCGCACCAUUGAACUGGACGGCCUGGUUUGGGGCCAGUCCAAACUGGUACCUGUUGGCUACGGCAUCAAGAAGCUGCAGAUUGCAUGCGUGGUAGAAGACGACAAGGUGGGAACUGAUCAGCUGGAGGAGCUGAUCACCGCUUUUGAGGAUCAUGUACAGUCUGUCGACGUGGCUGCUUUCAACAAGAUCUGAAACAUGAAGCAUUACACAAUAAAAUGGCACUUAAAAUUAA